GUCUAGAACUUCAACCAUUUCUUUGCGUGUUCUUCUUUGAAAAAACUCAACGAACUGCUUUCUAUAAAUACCUUCGAAACCACUUCGAACAUUGAUUCGGCUUAUUUUCUUGUGACCCAUCGAAAUAAUCCAGAAGGCAAUCGAAGAGGAAGAUCAACUUAAUCUGCGAAAAGAUGUGUUUGGUUUUUGUGUGCGAUCAGGAUGAACAGGUGAUCGGGAGACAGCAAGCGCCGGGGGCUUGUCCGUACUGUGGAGGUAUGGUGCAAGCAGUGGACGUAGAGAGCCAGUGGAGAUUCUGUUUCUUGCCCUUCUAUUUCAAAACCAAGAGAAGGUUCUAUUGCACCAUGUGUACUCGGCGCUUGGUGAUGCAGGGAUAGGAUCGAUCCCCGCAUAUCAUGAUAUAACUUAGUAAAACAUAGCUUUUAAUUUUCCUUUCGAAGAUUUUCCCCCUUUUUUUCUGUUAUGAAGAAUAGGCUUUGACUUGGGUUAUCUCAAUUCUCUUGUUCACUUACUUUUGGGUUUUCUUAUUUGUACAUAAAGAUCGAUUAUAAAUAAAUUAGUGAAAGAUUGCGAUCAUAUACCUUUUGUGUUGCCCUUUUUUUUUUAUGCUGAAAGCCUCCGGAUCGGUUUCUAUUUACCUUGAAAUUAACUAGGACGAAUUUC